AGGUGCUUUCGACGAGUUGUCCCGCUGCUCCCCGCCAGCCCUGGAAGAGAACGUUUGGAACACGUCGUGAACGAGCGAGGGAGCCCGAUAAACGUUCGCGGGACCUCGAGUCCCUCGAGGUGGCCAGGAUGCGCCCAGGGUGCUCGGUGUUUUACUCCAACGGGGUGCUUUCACGAUCCAGCAGAGCGCAACGACCCUCCCACGGUCGGUGGUCGCGUGGCUGCUUGGAGAACGACCGUAUGGUGUCUGCCGCAACCCCCACAGGCCUCUGCUGCUUAAUGGUGAGUCCCGCACGCGACACGCUUAUGCUCUUCUUCUUUGGUGGUAGCACCCCGACCUCCAACUCGAGACUCCGCGAACCUCGUGGAGGUUCGAACGAAGUUGGCCAACAAUUCGUUAACAACUUUCUCACUCUAUUCGACUUGUUUUAUCGGACGAGAUACCUUCGGAAUUCAAAUCCUCGAGCAAGAAUCACUUUCCCGAUAUCAAUCACUGCGGACUUACGUCCCGAAUUAUCGCGGUUCCGAAUCAUCCGCGUACCACGAUGACCGAUGGUUUUCCAAGAA